AUGAGUUUACGUUCGUAUAUGUUAAAUGCAUUGGAUGGAAUAGUUGAUGGUUUACUGGAACGAAUAAUAAAUAGUGUACAUGAUGCAACACUUCAUCAUGCAUUAAAUAGAACACUUCAUAUUGCAGAUCCCGUUAAUAUCAAAUCAUCAAUAAAUAGCAGUUCCAGUGCUCUGAAUAUAAAGGAGUAUCUACCGACUCCAGAAUUUCUUAGAGAAAAUAUUGACCCAAUUUCCGAUGACUUCGUUCAGUCAUUAACUGUUAGUUCACUUCUUAAAGAGAAGGAUAAAUUAAAGCAAGUGUUAAGUGUUGGCCCAGAUAGUGUGAAAAUUAAAGGAGAUGAACAUCUAAAAGAUUUGCUUAUUCGGUAUCGUUAUGACUCGUUAUAUUUAUCUCAAGUCUUGUUAGUCCUAACUUUCAAUAUGAUUAUCAUAAUAUGUGAGAUAAAAAAAAAGACAAAUAGAAUUCAUUGUAGUAAGCGUCGUUCACUUGAUGAGUUAAAAAAAUUUAAUGCAUCAUGUCUUGUUGAAUGCAGCGAUAUAUUUUCAUUUAUAUCAAUAAAUUCCUUCCUUGACUUGAGAAACGAAGAGGAAGAAGAAGAAGAUGAUGAUAUUGAAAGCAUUGAUGAUAAUGAAGUAUAUUUCCAUCAUAGAGCUUUAAACGAUGAAUGUCUGGAUAAUCUGUCGAGUGACUAUGAAAUAUUUUACAAUCUAUCAUUGAGUUCGUUACAUUUAUGUAACUAUUUUCAUGCUCUUGAUGACAACGAUGUGCCAGACUAUUCAAUACCAGAAGGAGAACGUUCGUGCAAUAGCGAGCUGAAAGGUCUCAAAGUUUUUAAUUUGAAUAGGAGUAUAUCUAAUUUCAAUUUAAUUGAAUGUCAUGAUAACGCUUUCUCUCCCAAGAUUCUGGAAUUAUUCGAGAAGUUGUUCAUAUGUGAAAGACUUUUCCUUUUACUACCAUCAAAUCAUUAUGAUUUGUAUGAAUUUAGGGUAAACGGACCAAUAGCUUAUUUAGAUCUCCCAAAAGACUCACAUAGGAGAGAGACUUCUUAUGAAUCAGAAGAAUUGUUUCGGUUGUUUGUUGAGUUUGAAAAAGUUUUGAUACACGAUACAUCUGAAGUAAAUAUAGGCUUUUUCGAAGGAUUUUGCAAUUUAAAGGUAAACGACUUAGCAAAUCGGUUUGAAACUGGGAGUAGCCUGAAAUAUAGUGCAUUCCGAGAUAGAGUAAACCAAAUUUCCAAUCAUGAUUUCAACUCAAGCUUCAUGUUUAUGGGUAUUGUAAGGCAAUUAUUGUUAUUUAAAUUAUUAUCCUAUUUUGGGUUGGAUAGAGAAACUUACGAUGUAGAAAUUUAUAAAAUAGUUGAAGGUUUGAAUUCCCAAUUAAAAGACAAGAAACAUGAGGUUAUAAUAGUGGCGAUAUCAAAUUUUCAGCUUCAGGGGUAUUUAAAGGCGGUACAAGAUGUAGUAAAUAGAGAUGUAGAGGGACUGGAUCUAAAUCUUGAUAUGGAGCUGACAGGAAAAGAAUUUGUUACGGCUGUUUCCUGUUAUCUUGAUGGUAGAAAUUAA